GAUAUCGUCUUCGGAAUUGAGUGGGAGCGUCUUGGGAAUUGAGUGGGCGGAACUUCGAGACAAUUGCCCUGUAUCCCGCGAAGCAAUCUGCGAUACACCACGACCAUGGCCGAUAAGGAUCUCCUCUACGUUGUCACUGGCGCUUCUCGAGGCCUUGGCCUCGAAUUUGUUACACAGCUUCUGCACAAGGGCCACCGCGUUGUGGCUGCGGCACGCAGUCCUAGCAAGUCUUCAGGCUUGGAGUCACUGGCAUCAAAGUAUGGCUCUGCUCUGACGCUGGUCACGCUUGAUGUUUCAGACCCAAGCUCCAUCGAGGCUGCAGCAAAGUCCAUCGCAGAAGCACACCCUGGCGGGGUUGAUGUCCUCAUAAACAACGCUGGCAUCCUGGGCAGCUACACCCGUUCAUCAGAGCAUGAUGGCGGAGAGCUGAAAGACAUCUUAAUAACCAAUGUCGUAGGGCCAUUUCUGGUCACUCAGAACCUCCUGCCCCAAAUAAGGAAGGGCUCAAAGAAGCAGAUCGUCAACAUCUCUUCAACAAUGGGCUCUAUCAGCAGUGCUCUGAAUUACCUCAAGGAGGGCUUGAACCCGAUGUCCAAGAUGCAGCUUGGAUACCGGGCCAGCAAGUCAGCGCUCAACAUGGAGACUGCGUCGUUGGCGUUGGAUCUGCACGGCGAGGGCAUCACAGUGAUCUCCAUUUGCCCCGGCUGGGUGGCCACAGACAUGGGAGCCGGCAGCGCUGCAGCCAUGAACAUUCCAGGGCCGACCCUGGACGCACCCACCAGCAUAGCUGGCAUGCUGAAGGUGGUUGAUGGGCUGACUCUGGAGCAGACUGGCUCCUUCUACAACCACCAGGGCAAGGUGGUGCCCUUCUGAGGCACUCUUGACAGCCCAGGGAGAUUCAGGAAUCCGCCUGGGUCUGGCCCGAGGCUUCUGGGUCCUGGGAAAACUUCUGGCCCGCCCUUAGUAUGGAAAUUUUUGCCAGAGCGUUUGAGCAAUCCUGUGCCCAGAAGAGCUAGGUAGGCGGAAAGUCUCCGGGCUAUUCCAGAGUGGCCAAAAAGUACCCUAUGGGCCCCUGAAAAUAUCCUGAGGCCCUGCCAACUUAAUUGAAUCCCU